AUGCCUUUCUCCCGCACCCAAAAAAACAGGCGUGUGUGACAGCCGGCCAAUACCACCCCAAAUAUGACGCCAAUAAUUGCUAACAAUUUGCCCGGGCUUUUGGUGCUGUUCGCGUGUGCCCUGGCUUCCGUUUCGUGUGCGUGGCGCCCGUGCACCGAUCUGGACGCGCUGCUUAAAAUACCGUGCCGAUGCAACAUUGAGACCGCUGGGAACAACAGCCAGUAUGUUUUCGUGAACGUGAACUGCGAUCGGACGACGCUAACAGCCCCGUUUCCGAGCGGCAUUCCGAUCAUCUCAUUUUCGCAACGCAACAGCGGCCAUCAAACAUUGCCGGAUCUGGCCAUUCUUAAUGCGCCCGUAAGGAAGCUGGACUUCUCCAGCAAUGCGCUGCGAACGUUCGGCACGAAGGCGCUGUUCGGCAGUGUUGCCGAAUAUCUCACCGAGCUGCGGCUGGCAAACAAUCUGCUCGGUGACAGCCUCAACCCCAUAUUCUCCACCGAUGUGCUGCAGGCCCUGCAAGCGCUCAAGGUGCUGGACCUAUCGGGCAACCGAAUAAUCGCACUGGAGGAAAGCAUCUUCGAUGGCAAUCGGCGGCUGGUGGAACUCUACCUAGACCAAAACAAGAUCACCACGAUCCCGGUGGCGGCUUUGAAGGGCCUGACCAGCUUGAAGUUGCUCUCACUGCGCAGCAAUCGGAUCGAUGCGCUUGAACCGGACGCAUUCAACUUCGCCAACAAGCUGGAGCGGUUGGAUCUGCGCAACAAUCGCAUUCGCAGCCUCAAAUCGAAAGCCUUCGCUAAUCUCGGCAGCAUGAAGGAGGUGCUGCUGGCGGGCAAUCAACUCAGCCACAUCGACGAGCGUGCGUUGGCGGGGAUGGAUAUAUUGCAGAAGCUCGACCUUUCCGACAACUUGCUGCCGGAGUUCCCGUCGGAAGCGCUUGGGUCGGUAGUGUCGCUGAAGGUGCUGAACGUGUCGCUCAACAAUAUUGCCAAGCUGGAAUCGAACCACCUAGCGCAGAUGAAAAAUCUUCAAAUUCUAGACAUCAGCCGGAACACGAUCGCCACCAUCUUGCCGGGAACGUUCCGCGAGCAGCUACUGCUGAAGUAUCUGGACCUGAGCCUUAAUUCGCUCCGUACGAUCGAAGACGAUGCCUUCGAAGGAUUGGACAACCUGCAAACGCUCAUCCUGCGCGACAACAACAUACUCUUCAUCCCGGGCAGUGCCCUCGGUCGGUUGCCGAAGUUGUCGAACCUGUACCUUGACUUUAACCGCGUGGCCGCAUUAUCGUCGAGCAUACUGAAGUCGAUACAGCCGGAAAACAUACGCUACCUGUCGCUGUCGCGCAACGUGAUCCGGGAGCUGCCGGGCGAUAGCUUUGCCGCCUUCCGCAAGCUUAUCUAUCUGGACAUCUCCGGCAACAGUCUGGGGGUGAUCGGCGAGGAUACGUUCAAAGGGCUCGAGGGAACGCUGCUGGAGAUCAAACUAUCGUUCAACCGGAUUGCAUCGCUCCGGAAGAUCGUGCUGCCGAAGCUGCGCCGGCUGGACUUGAGCGCGAACAGUAUCGACGAUCUGGCGAUUGAUUCGUUCCACAGCCUAAACAAUCUGCUUUAUCUGAACAUGAGCGGCAACGAGCACAUCGGGCAGGUCACGCGCACUAUGAUCUACCCCUUGACCAAGCUGCAGGUGAUCGACAUUAGCCACUGCGGGCUGAAGAUGCUGCAGGCCGACCUGUUCCACAACAACACCGAUCUGCGCAUUGCGCUGCUCAAUCACAACCAGCUGAAGGUGAUCGAGGAGGGCACGUUCCUCAAUCUGAACAAUCUGUUCGAUUUGUCGCUUGCCGACAAUGGGUUGGAGCAGUUGCGUCCACGCUCGUUCGUCAAUACGGUCAAUCUGCGUUCGCUCAACCUGCGCCAGAACGCUUUGCAAGAGCUGCGCGCGGACAUGUUCACGACGGAGACCGCGCUCGAGCUGCUCGAUGUGUCGCACAACAUGCUGAAGAGUUUCACCGCCAACACGCUGAAGAUACAUCCGCGGCUGAGAAAGAUUCUGCUCGCACACAACCGGCUGGAGGUGUUCCCGCCUGAGCUGAUUGCCGGGUUGGACCAUCUGGAAGUGAUCGAUCUUUCAGGCAACCGGCUCACCACCAUACAGCAACUCGACUUUGGACGCUUGGUGAACUUGCGUGAGCUCUACCUGCGGUCGAACGUGAUUGACUCCGUGCAGGACAUGGCGUUCCACAAUUCUUCGCAGCUUCAAAUCCUCGAUCUGGCCGCAAACCGACUGGAUCGGUUGUCGGAACGUUCGUUCGAAGGUACGCUGCGCCUGGAGCUGCUCGACCUUAGCGACAACAAGCUGAGCAGCCUGCCGGAGCAGGUGCUGGCGAAGAGCCGCGUACAGCAGCUCGAGCGAGUUUCGCUUGCCGGCAACAAGCUGGUCAGCAUCCCGGUUGCGGCUUUCGGCGAUCAGCACGACACGCUGCAGACGCUCGACCUGAGUCACAACAUGAUCCGGGAGGUGCCGCGCGCUGGCCACAUGCUGAUGAUCAACACCAAGCACUUCGACCUUUCCUACAAUCCGCUCACACCGGAAGCGAUCGCUACCGUGCUGGGUCAGCCGAAAACGGUCCGUUCGCUCAACCUAGCCGGCACGGGCGUUCGGGAGCUUCCGGCUCUGGAGACACCGUAUCUACGCAGCCUGAACCUGUCCUACAACAACAUCUCCGCGGUAAGCCCGAAAGCGUUCGAAAAGGUAACGCUGCUGGAGCGGUUAGAUCUGUCCCACAACGCGAUCGCCGAUGCGGAUGGGCUGCGCGAUAUCUGGCCAAAGUUGGGGCUGCUCGGGUAUCUCGAUCUUUCGAGCAACCCGAUCCGCACGAUCACCGCCGCCACGUUCGAGCGGCUGGACGGUCUGACGGAGCUCUACAUUCGGCAGCUGCCCGAGCUGGCACGGCUCGAGAAGAACGCAUUCAAGCCGUUGAAGGACCUCGCCGUGCUGGAAGCAUAUCAGUACGCGAAGCUGGGCUACAUCGAUGUGCAGGGCAUUGUGCAGGAGUUGCCGGCGUUGGCUGCGGUCGACAUUGAGGCCAAGGAUGCGAAUCUCGAGUCGGAUCAGCUGCAAGUACUACACCAUCCCAAGCUCCACACGCUGGGUCUGCAUGGGUACGCGCUCCAGAGCCUCUCGUCCGGUGCGUUCGCUGGUCUGCGCAACAAGUAUCUCACGGUGCGACUCCACAACACCUCGCUGACGGCAUUGCCGCCGGCACUGCUGCUGCCAUUGCCCCGGUCAGCGCACAUCGACUUCAGUAUUGCCGGGUCGAAGGUGAGCACGCUAACGCAACCAUUCUUAAGCUCGCUGGAUGAUCGGAAAAACAGCAUCCAGAUCGAGGGACUUGCAACGAACCCGGUGCGGUGCGACUGCCAGGCCCGGGCCUUCCGUCGCUGGAUUCUGGCGACGAAGGUGAACGAUGUACGGUGCGCUAGUCCGGCACCGGUCGCGGGCAAGCUGCUUACCGAGGUUGGUGAUAUCGAGCUGGUGUGUGACAAUCGUAGCAAGGCACCCACCAACCCCACCCAGCCGAUGUUAUCCAGUACCGGGACCGUCCUCAGCACCGGCACACGCACUACGCCAACGAUCAGCUUCUACAACUACACGUCCGAGGUGCAGAUGACGAAGUCUGCCGCCACCACCGAGCACGACAUCAUCUGGAGCAUGCCGCCCGUAUCGUCAUCCUCGACGACCACCCGCACGAAGGGUUCCAAGUCCAAGAUUGCGUCAGCGGCGAUGCCACCGUUGAAGAAGAUGCCGUCCGCGAAUGACGACACACUGAUCAUUGGCAUCGUUGGCGGUGUGGUCGUGUUCAUCUUUCUUCUCAUCAUCUGCAUCUGCAUCUGUCGGUUGAAGAUGAACAACGACAGCUACCACCACCAUCAUCCCCGCGGUGGUCAUCCGAUGCCGAUGGGUAUGCCCGGUACGCUGCAGGUGAAUUACACGGGCAAGAAGGGCCAACCGGCGGCCAUGUAUCCGACGCUGGCACCGCCUUACGCGCAGAGCUAUGCCACGCUGCCGUACAAACCGAACGGCUCACCGACCCAGGCCCGGCCAAGCUAUUCAACGAUCGGCCGGAUACCGUACCAGUAUCAGAACCAUUCGCUCAUGUCCAGCCAGGCGGCGCUACACCAUCAGCAGCAGCAGUCGUCCGGUCCUGGGACGCUGACCCACUCGUCCCACAAUCCCUAUAUCGUGUACCAGGACGAUAAGGUGUAUCGAUGA